AGUGUGGAGACAGGGAGGGGCGAACCGGUGUUUGUUUUUAUUACCAUUAUUAUUAAUAAAAGAAGAAUAAAAACAAGUAAUAAUAUUAACUGCCUGUGCGUUAAAAGAGGAGAUAAUUUUAUAUCUCUAGACUGGAUUACCUGUUUUUUUUUUUUCUUCCUUCAUCGGAGAGCAAAGAGGAGCAUGGAGCGAUAAAAGAUGUUGGAAUAAUUGACAGAGGGGAUUUCUUUCUUUAAAAGAUAUUUAUUUAAUUUAUUUUUGUAUAUCCUUUUGUAUUCGGAUUAAUUAACUAGCCGUGGGGAGCAGCGUUAUUCAGGGACUGGCUGUGAGGAUGGACCAGGCGAGUAUCCUGAGGAAGUUCAUUCAGGGGGUUCACGCCAUGCGAGCAGGGGACCAGAGAGGAGAGGACAACUUCGGCAGCGACUUCAUGCGAUUACGGAGAUUAUCAACCAAAUACAGAACAGAUAAAAUCUACCCCACCAACGUCGGCGAGAAAGAAGAGAAUGUGAAAAAGAACAGAUAUAAAGAUAUACUGCCAUUUGACCACAGUCGAGUGAAAGUCGCGUUAAAAACAUCCAAUCAGGACACGGAUUACAUCAAUGCAAACUUCAUCAAGGGAAUAGACGGGCUUGAGGCCUACAUUGCCACGCAGGGCCCACUGCCCAACACAGUCAUCGACUUCUGGAGGAUGAUCUGGGAAUACAAUGUUGCUGUGAUUGUAAUGGCAUGUCGAGAGUUUGAGAUGGGCAGGAAAAAAUGCGAGCGGUACUACCCCCAGUUCGGAGAUGAGCCCAUGUCCUUUGGCCCCUUCAGGAUCUCCUGUGAAUCGGAACAACCCCGAACUGACUAUUUUAUUCGCAGUCUAACAGUAGAGUUUGAAAACGAGACUCGUAGAAUAACACAAUUCCAUUAUAUCAACUGGCCUGACCAUGAUGUCCCCUCGUCCUUUGACUCCAUAUUGGACAUGAUAGCGCUGAUGCGGGAGUACCAGGAGCACGAUGACGUUCCGAUCUGUGUGCACUGCAGUGCUGGAUGUGGGAGAACAGGUGCCAUCUGUGCUAUUGAUUACACGUGGAAUCUGCUGAAAGCUGGGAGAAUUCCGGAGGAUUUUAACGUGUUUCAGCUCAUUCAGGAGAUGCGGACACAGAGGCACUCAGCAGUCCAGACCAAGGAACAGUACGAGUUAGUCCAUCGAGCGAUCGCCCAACUUUUUGAGAAACAGCUGUUGCUGUUGGAGAGUCCCACAAAUUCAGAGCUAACAGAUGGCAUGGACGAAGGCAGUCCGGAAAAACCCAGCCAGAAUUCUGAUGAGGAGCGAUGGGACACGCCCCCACCCAAACCACCCCGUAUCCGGAGUUCUCAGGUAGAGGGCGAUGUUAAAGAGGAGAUUUUGCAACCUCCAGAACCUCGCCCCGUGCCGCCCAUCCUCACUCCCUCUCCUCCCUCUGCCUUCCCUACCGUCACCAAUGUGCGCCAGGACAAUGACCGCUACCACCCCAAACCUGUCCUGCAUGUGCUGGCCUCUGAGCAGAACCCUGACCUCAACGAAAACUACAGCAAGCCCUCAGAUGGAGCAGCCCCUGGGUCAGCGGCUGCCCCCUCACCCACUGGACCCCCUUCUCCUCCUGCAGAUUCCACGGAGAAACGGCUGACUGAGCGCAAGCUGAGCAUAGAGAUCAAGAAGGUGUCGCGGCAGGAGGGCCCGCGCAGCUUUGAGGGAAACAGCAUGCUGCACCGUACACACGCCUUCAAAUCACGCAACAACGCCAGCAGCUUAUCGCAGUCGGAGGACUCUGAAAACCCACAGCGGCCCAACCACCUGCCUCUGGUCAAGCAGAAGGGUCAGGCGACUUGGGCACAGCCUGUCCCGGACAGGGUCCCCUCGCCGGCCGGACGCUCCACCCCCAGCCCUGCCCCUGCCUCUGAGGUGCCGCUCAGGACUGCCCUGUGCUUCACCAACCCUCUGCACUCAGACCACUCUGACCCGGAGCUUGAUGAAGCAGAGGACAUCAGGCCUGCUCUCCACACCGACUGUCAUUCCAAUGUUUCCACGGCAACCGGCACGGUUUCUGCAGCGCCACACGAGGACCACGUUCCCAGGAAAGUCACCCCGAUGUCCAUUGCUGGCCUCUGCUCGAAGUCGGAUGAGGCAACAAACAGUGACGAGAGUGAAGACUCGCCUCCCCCUCUUCCUGAAAGAACCCCCGAGUCCUUCUUUUUGGCCACAGAUCCAGUAGAUGUGAAGGUAGAGUUGGAUGAAGUUUCAAGAGGAUUGGGGGGAGCCCCUCCCUCUCUCCAGGCAGCGACAACACCACCGACCAAAACUCCAUCAGAUGGAGGGCAGGAGAAUGGAAAGGGUUCAGACAUUCUGGAAAAAAACACAAGCUCUGUGAUUAAAGCAGACGAAAGGACUGAGAGCAAACCAGUCUCAGAGAUGGGAUUCGGUACCCGCUGCACGCAACCCAAAGGCCCAAGAGACCCUCCAUCUGAGUGGACAUAAUGACAAAGGACCUACGAUGGCCGACCCUUCAUGCAUCCACACACACAUACAGACAUGUACACCCACUCACUCACGCACACACACCACUACCAUCCCCUCUCUUGCAAGUGCCAUUGUAGAAGGAGGAUCAAAGACAUCUCUCACGACCACUCUCACCCACUUUCCGACUAACACACAAUCAAAAAAUAUAGCUACAUAGAUAAUCUUCCAUGAUGCCGCCGCACUCCUCAUGCUGUACGUGCGGCAGCUGCCAUGGGCUCACUGCACUGGUGCUACACCUUCUCCUUGCUGGGACCAUAAACCUGCCUUACCCCACCCCCCACAGCAAAAAGCAGAUCAGGCUGACACAACAGUCUGUAUUGUUGUCCUAGCUAGCUAGCUAGAACAUGUCUUCUCUAUACUUUUACACUCCUACUACAACAAUACAAUACGAUAUGUGUUCAUAGGGACAGAAAACUACUGUUUUUUUUUUUUAUUUGUUUGUUUUUCGAACCAUCCUUCUCUGCUAACUUCUCGAUAGCCAUAUAUGCAUUGUUUUAUAGGUGUACAGGGCAAGUAGGUAUAUAAUAUGACAAAUGAGCUAUCGCUAAAUAUUCUUAUUAACAGAAGAUGUAAGAAGUCUGUGCAUGAUAACCCCCCAUGUACUAUGAACUGUAAAUUAUUUGCCCUCCUGUUAUAGCAAAUAUUUCAGGGUUGUUGUUUUUUUUUCCUCUCCCGAAAGAAUCCAGUGUUUAGUUCCUUUUUUUUUUCCCCCCCCAAAAGGCUAGCUGUUUUAUCAGCCAAACCCUGAGAUGGCACGGGCUCAAGAUUGUAAUAAUGCUUUUUUGUAAAUUGUAUUCUAAAGGUUAUUUUUGUAUACGCUGUUUUUUGCUCACUUCAUGAACCAUUGCCCUGCACCACUGGCCUCUCAGAGCCCACCUGUGCCUUUUUCGAGAGGAUGCCCCUUCUGUCCAAUGUAAGGGCAGCGGCGUGUGUGUGUGUGUGUGUGUGUGUGUGUGUGUGUGUGUGUGUGUGUGUGUGUGUGUGUGUGUGUGUGUGAGAAAGAGAGGGAGAUAGAGAUUCACCCCGUUAUGUUCAAGCCUCUGGGAUCUGAAUGACCCUUCUACACAGACCUGUUUGUAUGUUGCAGAAAUCAAUCAACCUCUCAGUAAAAAAGAAAGACAUAAGGAA